AACAAAUCCUAAAAUGUCAGUUUGACAUAACCUGUCAAAUAUCCCAUAUUUGCAAACAAAAUGUCCAGUAGACGUGUUGUUUUAGUGUUCUGCGUGUUCGUGGUGGCGUGUUUGUGCACCAGCAAGGGUACACACUUAAAAGGCACGUUCAAGACUGACGAGUUCUUUAAAUUCCUCAUAAAGUUUGGUUUUCAAAAGACAGACAUUCACCAGCCAGAUUUAACUCACGGGUUUAUCUACGGGAACAUCACUUCCAAAAACAAAUUCCCCGUGCCUGUCACACUGGCCGUGCUCGACAGGUCGAGGUUUUUGGAGUUUUACAAUAACAGGCAUUCGGAGAGAGUCUACGAUAAGGAUCAGAUAUGUAAACAGAUGUUUAGGACGUUGAAAAAAAUUGCGUACAAUGCUAAAUGUAACGUUAACGGGAAUGAUUAUUUGAGGAGAGUGCCAUGCCCCAAAGGAGGGUUGUGUAAAGAUGAAGAAGAUCCUUUUAAUGUGGUCAAAAAUAGUCAGUUUACAUAUGCCAUACAGAAUUUUAAUCAUCCUUCUUUUUGGUAUGUGUCUAUGGUUGCCUGCUAUCUGAACACAACCACUUGUGAGUGGCAUCAUCACGAGUACCCCCAUUCGUACGAAAUAAACUAUGACAUAUGGCUGGUAAACGGAAACCCAAACACCUCAUACAGCCCUUUGACCUAUCAGUUUUCAUUUGACAGACAAAAUACGUUAGAAUUGUACAUUAUUUUUUGGCUUUGCUAUAUGGUGCUAGUGCCCUUGCAGUGUCAUGCCGUAAAAAUACAAAAACACCCUGUAACAAGGUUGUUUACGGUCAGUUUGCUAUUGGAUUUUGUGGCUUUGUGUUUGAUUUUAAUACACACCUUGAAACACGCUGUGGAUGGGGAGGGGUACCCCAAAUUGGAAAUGAUGGGGGAUAUAUUUGAUAUACUUUCAAGGACUACAUUCAUGCUGUUGCUAUUAUUGUUGGCCAAAGGUUGGGCUGUAACAAGGAUCGAUUUUACUGGAAAACCUUUAGUAUUUGCUAUUUGGCUAUGUUAUGGAGUAGUGCACAUUUUACUUUAUGUUUGGAACUUGACUGAAGUUGACAUUAUAGAAGACAUAGAUGAGUAUCAGACUUGGCCAGGAUGGCUGAUAAUAGUUUUUAGGUCACUCAUAAUGAUAUGGUUUUUGUACGAGCUUAGGACUACAAUGAUGUAUGAGCACAAUUCGGAGAAAUUGAAUUUUUUGCUGCAUUUUGCCGCCUCCAGUCUCGUCUGGUUCAUAUAUUUGCCCAUUCUGGCGCUUAUUGCUUUGCAAGUAUCUGCAUUGUGGAGAUUUAAGCUGUUAUUGGGCAUAACCUAUUCGGCGGACUGCUUCGCCUACUGCGUCAUGGCGCACCUGCUGUGGCCCACGCGGUCCGAGCAGUACUUCCUGCUGAAAGGCCCCUCCUCGGCCGACACAGAAGAGCUGGACGAGUUCAACGAGGCCCCGCACAUCGUCAACAACUCGUACACGUCGCUGAGCAGCCUCGCCUCGAUGGAGAUAUGCCGGUACGAGGAUCCGCCCAAAACCAAGGCGGCCGUGGACGCGUAAACGAGUGAGGUUACUUGAUUAUUAAUUUUUUGUUGCGCAGACGACCACUGCGUCGACUUGAGGCACUGGGUGCUCGGUUUUUACCGAAUUCGACUGUUUUAAAGUGUUAUUUAAAUUUUUAAUGGUGCUGUUCUGAGAGGUGAUUUU